AUGGAGCUUCCAAUGUCGUUUCACUUGUUUCUCCUGUUCUUUGGUGGUUUUUCUUACGAGUGUGGUUCUGAGGAUCGAAGUCAUGAUAUGAUAAUCCAGGUUCUACUGCAAGAAUUACAAUCUCGAGUAUCAGAGUUGGAAAUAGUCAUUAAACAUCAGAAUGAAAUAAUUCAGGACCAAAACAACAGACUUACGAAACUUGAAAAAUUAACUACAUCCGAGAAUUCUAGAGGAAAAUCUUUGGAGUACUCUAACCAAAUAGAUGAUAAAACUGAUACAGGAAGUUCCAUGCUGACUCCUACACUAAGACCUAAUCAAACAACCAUUGAAUUAAACGAAGAAAAUGUUCAUUUACCUCAAAGUGGACUAUUAAAAGGGAACCAAAAGAUUAAGAAAGAGUCGCCACGAAUUAGAGCAGUGCAGUCCAUUGCGUUUUAUGCUCACAUGAGUGCCAAUUUGAGAGCCCCUGGUGGACAUCAAACGCUUAUUUUUGAUACAGUCAAAACAAACCAAGGGAAGGGAUACCAUCCUCAUGUCGGAGUUUUCAUCGUCCCUAAAUCUGGUACCUAUUUUUUCACCUGGACAAUGUCUCUCGGGGCUUCAGCUUCUCUUUCUACAGAACUGGUGGUUAACAAUGUCGCAAGUGGCGCGAUUUAUAUUCAUACGAGUCCAGAUCAGCGUGACAGUGCUACGGGAAACCUUAUCCUUUCUGUUAACGUAGGGGAUGAAGUCAUUAUUCGCACAGGGGAUUCUUUCAGUUCUGCACAAAUCCUAAGUGAUGGAUACAGCAGAACGGAUUUUUCUGGAUUUCUAAUCGAAUAA